AUGUGGCAAAUUAAUUCUGGUAUGCAUCUAAAUCCUCUUUCUAGUCCUUGGUUACCUGAUAUUUGUGAUUCACUCCCUAGGUUAAAUCAAGGUGUUCAAAAGGAAGAGGUUCCAAAUUUCAUUUCUGGCCUUCUUACUCUUUCUAAAUCAAAUUGGAAUGAAGCUUUGAUAAAGCAUUUAUUUAUACCAGCACAUGUUCAGAGUAUAUUGUCAUUGCCCGUUCCAUAUUGUGAUCAGCCAGAUAGAUUAAUUUGGAAGCAUCAUAUAUCUGGUAAUUACACUUCCAAAUCAGGUUAUUUUCAGGCAUCUAAAGUUAUUCAUCCUCCCAUUUCUAUUGUGACACUGCAAUAUUCCAAAUUUGAUUGGCAAAAUCUCUGGUUGUUAAAUAUAUAUCCUCGUAUUAAGGUUUUUCUCUGGCGAGCUCCUCAUGAGGCUUUACCAAUUGGGGAUCAAUUAUUUCCGCGGUGUCAUAUUACUCUUAAAUGUGUUCAUUGUGGAGGUAUGGAAUCAAUUACCCAUCUAUUGUUUCUUUGUCCAUUUGCUCUAAGAGUAUGGAUCCAUCAAAGUCAUCUUUACAAAUCUGCUGUUUUAUUUGCUGGUUUAUUUGGAAGAGCAGAAAUAAGUUGUUAUUUGAACAAAAACAUCAAUCUGAGUUGCAUUAUGCAUAAUGCUUUGGAUGCCUAUUAUGAAUAUACAGGUAUUAUUCGAGACCAUAUGCUUGCUCAUUCAAACUUAACUAAUGCAACAAUUCAAACAGAUUGGAUUCCUCCGAUGGAAGGGGUCAUUAAAGUUAAUUAUGAUGCAGCUACGUCUCGCGAUCAUCAUUGUGGUUUUGUGGCUUCUAUUGCAAGGGAUUCAGAUGGAGUGGUUAUUGGUAGGUUUCAUACUUAUUUCAGACAUAUAUGGGAUCCCGGUAUUUUGGAGUUAUUGGCACUGAGGGAGUCUCUGAAUUGGGCUGCAUCUCGUUCAUGGCAUUAUGUUAUAAUGGAAGGUGACGCACUGCAAGUCUCACAGGUUAUUAAUUCACGCAAAAUUAUUGAUUAUCGUACUUGGGGGAUUUGUCAAGAUGUAUGGUGUUUACAGAAUAAGUUUGCUCAAUGUUUAGUUCAAUAUGUUAGUCGACAGUUUAAUGGCUUGACGCACGACUUGGCUGCUAAAGUUAAGCGUUGCUAUAUACAGGCCUUGUAA